ACAAGAUUUCGGCUGAAAUUAAAUUCAAAUCAGGUGAUGGCGAAGUCUUGAAACCUAAAAAGAAGACUGUUAAAGCAGGUGACAAGAAAGUCACAUUCAAAGUGAAGGUUAAGGAUGGAAAAUCCGCCAAGUUCACCGUUACAUUGGAGGACAAAGAUGAAAAAAUUAAA